AACCCUACGCACAAUAAGAAAGAACGACGAUAACGAAACACGAAAGAGAGGUAGCAAUUUAAUAAAUUACAAAGGAAAAAAGGCAAUAAAAUACUUCAAGCUGUGUGUCUGCUUCAAGCAAGUGCAUAACUCGUGCAAGGACACUAAACUCCACGACACGCAUACAGACACAAACACACACCAGCAGCAGCAGCAGCAGCAACACACACACACAGUUUAGAUGAUGAGCAGCAGAACGGACACGGAUGGCUCCUCCAUACGUUUCAGCGAUCACACACUGGACAAAGCCACCAAGGCCAAGGUGACGUUGGAGAAUUAUUACAGCAAUUUGGUGACACAAUACGGCGAACGCAAACAGCGCCAGGCUAAAUUAGAAGCGCAGCUGAAGGACGAAAGUCUAACAGAGACACAGCGCCAGGAGAAACGUUUACAGCAUGCGCAAAAGGAGACGGAAUAUUUGCGCCUCAAGCGAUUGCGACUGGGGGUCGAGGACUUUGAGGCAUUGAAAGUCAUCGGACGUGGUGCCUUUGGUGAGGUGCGUUUAGUGCAAAAAAAGGAUACGGGACAUGUGUACGCCAUGAAGGUGCUGCGCAAAGCGGACAUGCUCGAAAAGGAGCAGGUGGCACACGUACGCGCUGAGCGCGAUGUUCUCGUCGAGGCGGAUCACCAAUGGGUGGUCAAGAUGUACUACAGUUUUCAGGACCAGGUCAAUUUAUAUUUAAUAAUGGAAUUCUUGCCUGGCGGUGAUAUGAUGACGCUCCUAAUGAAGAAGGAUACGCUAUCCGAGGAGGGCACACAAUUCUACAUAAGCGAAACGGCGUUAGCGAUUGAUUCAAUCCACAAGCUCGGUUUCAUACACAGGGACAUAAAGCCAGAUAACUUGCUGCUGGAUGCGCGAGGGCAUCUAAAGCUUUCUGAUUUCGGGCUGUGCACGGGCUUGAAAAAGUCACAUCGCACGGACUUUUAUCGUGAUUUGUCGCAGGCAAAACCAUCCGAUUUUAUUGGCACCUGUGCCAGUCCCAUGGACUCGAAACGGCGCGCAGAGUCCUGGAAACGGAAUCGACGCGCUCUGGCCUACAGCACAGUGGGCACGCCAGAUUAUAUAGCACCCGAAGUAUUCCUGCAAACCGGCUAUGGACCUGCGUGCGAUUGGUGGUCACUGGGCGUUAUUAUGUAUGAAAUGUUAAUGGGAUAUCCGCCAUUCUGUUCGGACAAUCCACAGGACACGUACCGCAAGGUGAUGAACUGGCGGGAAACAUUAAUAUUUCCACCAGAAAUACCCAUAUCGGAGGAGGCCAAAGAGACGAUUAUCAAUUUCUGUUGCGAGGCCGAUCGACGUUUGGGAUCACAGCGUGGCCUGGAGGACCUGAAGUCUGUGCCGUUCUUUCGUGGCGUCGAUUGGGAGCACAUUCGUGAAAGGCCAGCAGCAAUACCCGUGGAAGUGCGCUCAAUUGACGAUACGUCCAAUUUCGAUGAAUUUCCGGAUGUCUCGCUGGAGAUACCAUCGGCGCCUGUGCCGCAGGGCGGUGAAAUUGCCAAGGAUUGGGUCUUCAUCAAUUACACGUACAAGCGCUUCGAAGUGCGAAAUUUGGAGUGAAGCUGCGCAGCUUGCCGGUUGCCACACUUUGCCACCAUUAUCACCGCCACCACCAACACCAACACCUCCACCUCCACUCCUCAGAACAGCUCCAGCAGCAGCAGCAGCAGAAACCACAAUUGCAAUCGCAGUCUCUCUAACACCGUCAUUAAAAGCAUUCUCAAACGCUAUAAAACUUAAUUUUCCUUUUGAAUGUCUUACCUACAUGUGUAUUUAAAUACUAUAGCUAACAUUUGUGAUUCCAAAAAAAAAGAUACAAAAACAAAACAAAAAACAAAAAACAGAACAAACAAACAGCAAGAAAAGUGAAAAAUAUGUAUGUACGUAUUGUAUUGUAAAUGUUUUGCGCCUAAAAUUAAGUUAAACGCUUAAACUAACUAAUUCCUCACUGUGUAUGGCUUUGUUUAACUCCACUUUACGCCCCUUUGAAAUCGUUGUGUUCAAAAAAAAAUAUGGCACUUGAAUAACCAGUUUGGCAAUUGUUUAUAAUUA